CCCGUGGGAAGGGAAGAGCAGCGAGCGACGCAGGCAGGCAGGCAUCGGCUCCGGCUCCGGCUCCGCUCGCCACCGCACCGCCCCCCCACCUCCCCCGAUCCGAUCGCCGAUCGCCAACCCUCGCUUCGCCUCGCCGCGCGGCAAUAUUUGGAACCCUCGUCACCGAUCGCCUCAUGCCGUACCACUGACCGAUCCCCCCACCCCUCACAACUCCGCCCUUCCACCUCCGCCGCCGCCGUUCGCGCAGUCGCCUCCACCCCAUAGAACUCGCUAUCUCCCGUGUGAUUUCGGUGCGGACGAUGGCUACCAGCGCCGACCCGCAUGCUGCCGUUGCUGGGGCCGGGACGCCGCCCCCGUCCGAUAGCCCGUUUGGGGCGAAGAAGGCUGGGGCGGCCGCGGCCGCCUGGAAGCGCCCCGGGGGCGCGACUGUGCCAGCCGCGGUGGCGGUUGAAAACCCCAUCAUGGACACGAACUCGUGGCCGGCGCUGCCGGGGCUGGCGUCUCCCCCGCCGCCGCCGGCCAAGGCGUCACCUAAGGCCACUUCUCCCGCUUCCACAGGGGCGGUGAUCUCGCCGGUCUCUUUGGGCAUUUCCGGUGCUCCGGAUGCUAACCCUGGCAAUGAGACUCCUGUGCGCAAUCCUGUGGCCCGGCGUGCCCUGGUGAUGCCUGUGGCAGAUGGGCUGGAGAAGAGUGCCCCUGCCACAGAACCGUCCCCUGUCUAUGCGCCUAAUGCCCGGAGCAACGGCGGAGAUUUUCAUCAUCAGAAUGGACGUUUUGGUUCCCAUAACCAUAGUCGAGGGGGUGGCUAUGGUGGGGGAAACAGGAGGGGCAAUGGUGGAGGUGGGGGACGACGUGGGAAUGAGCACCAUGGGGGCUUUGAUGGGCCACGGCGAGGAGGUGGCCGCAGAGAUGGCCAUGGACCAGCUCACCAGCAGCGUGGCCACCAGCCAACAUACAUUAGGGCUCCUCCUGCUCUGGCUGUUGUAACAGGAGCACCUCCGCCGCCACCACCUUUCCUUAGCCCUACUACUCAGACACCACCUUAUGGGGUACCUAUGGGCUUCCCUGACAUAGCACCGCAUGUUUACUAUUUUGCGUCGGCAGCCCCCACGGAAGGCAUUCAAGGCCUGCCUUUUGUGCCUCAUCCAGCAAGCCCCCAAGCUAUUUUAGUUGAUCCUCAUCGGAAGGAGCUUCUGGAGCAAAUUGAUUAUUAUUUCAGUGAUGACAAUUUGUGCAAGGACCCAUACUUGCGGCAACACAUGGAUGACCAAGGUUGGGUGCCAUUAUCCCUGAUUGCUGGCUUCCGCAAAGUCCAGAAGCUGACUGAUAAUAUUCAGUUUAUCUUAGAAACAGUCAUGAUGUCUACUGUUGUGGAAGUUCAGGGUGAUAAACUACGAAGGCGUGGAACAUGGGAGAAUUGGCUGCUUCCAAAACCAAAUUAUUCUGCUGGAAGUUCUGGUCCGUUGACCCCUGUGACAUCUAACACUGAUUUGCUGGUAUCUCAGUUUCAUUCUGUUGGACUUGAGGGGGCAACUUACCAUGCUAAUAUGCAAGGAAUGCCUGGUGAAGCUCUUCUGACUAGAUCAGUGACUUCAGUCAGUCUAGGUUAUCAUGCACCAACCUUGGGCGGGCUACACAACAUUGGGAGUGGACCACGUUUUGGACCAAAGGCAGCAAGAAAUUUACUCCGGAGCGAUACCUUUUGAGGCUAUAUAUUCAAGGAAUAUGAAGUACAAUGGCAGGCCGAGUUUUCACAGUGACGGCAUGCACACCUUACCUUGUAUGAGGUGUAAAGAUCAGUUGGUUUUAAAAAAAACGAAAAAAAGCAUAAUACAAAAAGUAGAGAUAGAGAAAUACAACAAGAGACUGAAAAAAGCCAAAAAAAAAUGGAAAACAAAAAAAGCCAAAAAGGUAGUUAAUGUGAGGUUCAUGUUUCUUUCUGCUAUGUGUUAUUACCCUGUAGGUUAUCGAAUGUUAGCAGUUUGAUGACACUUUUGGUGUGAACCGAGUUAUUUUAAGUGUCAAGAGUCGAGAAACUGUUUCGUGUGGACCGGGCAAAACUAUAUAAAAGUAGAUGACACUAUUAUUAUUUCUGGUGUUCUUGUUCUCUUCAGUGAUUGAUGCGAUUAUGAUUUUGCCA